AUGACACUACAGCGGGCACCAUUGGAGCGCUUUGUCCGACAGUCUGGACCUCGCAAUAUCCUCCUGUGCCUCGAUGCCUUCGACACGUUGAUUCGACCCCGCAGGCCUGUUGCGGAGCAAUAUGCCCAAGUUGCAGAGCAAUGUGGCCUGACCGGCAUCACCCCAUCGCAGGUGCAGGCAACAUUCCGCAACGCUUUCAAACAAGAGGCCAAGAAGAACCCAAAUUACGGCAAGGCCACCAACCUGGGCGCGGCCAGGUGGUGGACUAAUGUCAUUACCAACACCUUUUCUCCCUUCCUCAAGCCUGGCCAAGAUAUCCCCAAAGAGCUUGCUCCUCGACUGCUGCAUCGUUUUUCCUCUGACGAAGGCUACGAGCUGAUCGAGCCCAGUCUGCCAGAGACGCUUCGAUUGCUUUGGGACGGGCAACAGCAUGCGGAUUGGAAUUUGGUGGUGGGAUUAGUGUCCAAUUGUGACGAUCGCAUCCUAGGCAUCAUGGAGUCGUUGGGCUUGAGGGUGGGCCCUUUGCGUUACGGCAACCUCGCUGUACUACGUCCAAGGGGAGGCGGUGAAACCACGGGGCAGUCCCUCCUGUCAAGUGUCCAGAGAGAGUCGGCAGAACUCUUAGAAGACGUUGCUUCCAGAAGGCGCACAUCUCCCAGCAGGUCCGGUUCGGACGCAACCACUACGACCUCAGGUCUCGAUAUAGCUGCUACCCCGUCUCAAGCUCCUCGAUAUGAUUUGGAUUUCACCUUGCUGUCUUACGAUGUUGGGCACGAGAAGCCUGAUCCCGAAAUCUUCGUUUCCGCGGAGGAAAUGGGGGAGCUGAUCCUUGCAUCGUCUCUUGGGCAGCCGCUUCAACCCACACGGAUGUCGCCUAGUAGCGACUACGUCAAUGGCGAAGUACCCAAAGUCCGAGUGGAUGUGCUGGACUCUAUGCGCGCGAACAAGCCAUGGCUCGAUUGGAUCAAGAUCAUGGUGGGCGACGACCCCAAAACCGACGCCGCCGGCGCUUUGUCCCGAUCAGCUGGAGUUUGGAAUUGCUGUAUUCUGGACCCAGAGGGCAAGGAAUCAUCCCAGUUGAACACACCGAUAAGCCAGCACAUCAGAGAUAUUGACCACCGGGGCAAGCAUCGACUCCUACAAAUUAUGGCGCAGAACCAGCUAAGUGUCGACCGUCCAGAGGGAUUUCUGAUACGCAUCGAUAGCGUCUGUGACCUCAUUAUGUGCAUUGGGCAUGGGAUGAAGCAGUCGCCUGACGCUAUCCCCCAGUUUCUGCUGCAAAAGCUAGCAGGGUCUAUAUCUCAUCGUGAAAGUCAUUAG